GGUUAGCUGAACAAAUAACAUCUGUGAUACGUUAUGUUGUGUUGGGAUCCAAAAGGUAUAUUUACACACACCUCACGGAGAGCGCUCACUAGUUCACGUCAUACACGUGAUUCGGCAUUUCUUCUGUGCGGCUGUCGUGUUUAAAGUUGGUCUUCUACGCUCAAUCUAAACCUUUAAAGUGGAGUUGGAGCACUGGCGUCCUUACUCGGGGGCUGUUUUUCUUCAAAGGCAACAUGUGGGGCAUUUGUAGCAGAAUGGUCAAGGUGGGGAUGGCGAAACCUUGCGGUAUGGUCAAACCUUGCCAUUUGGUGAAGCCUGUAUCAUCAUCCCGCAUCACUGGGAGAUACCUGAGCCACCAAAAGGGGUUGCCCAGUUUACCUGUGCCUCCACUGCAGCAGACCUGUGAGCGCUACAUCACUGCCCUGGAGCCCAUCGUUGAGGUGGACGAGCUUACGCACACGAAGGAGCUGUUGGAUGACUUCCAGAAACCAGGGGGCGUUGGAGAAAGGCUUCAGAGAAAUCUGGAGAGGAGAGCAUCCAACACGGAGAACUGGUUGUCAGAGUGGUGGGUGCAAGUGGCCUACUUUGACUACCGUCUGCCUGUGGUGGUCCAUUCAAGUCCAGGGUUGGUUUUACCUUGCAUGCACUUCAGUGACAAGCAGGGACAAAUCAGGUUUGCUGCAAAACUGAUUGCAGGUGUUUUGGAUUUCAAGACAAUGAUAGACAACGAGACCAUACCUGUGGAGUACCUGGGAGGGAAACCUCUGUGUAUGAAUCAGUACUAUGAAGUACUUUCGUCUUGCCGCAUCCCCGGUGUGAGAAGAGAUUCUGUGGUGAACCAUGCCAAAAGCUCCAGGCCUCCGAAACACAUCACUGUCGUACAUAAUUUCCAGUUCUUCGUGCUGGACGUGUACAACAAUGAUGGGAGUCCACUGACAGCUGACCAGCUCUAUGUUCAGCUUGACCGCAUCUGCAGCUCCUCCGUACAGACCAACACAGAACCUGUGGGCAUCCUGACCACCCAGCAUCGUGACGCUUGGAGCAAGACCUAUGUGAACCUCAUCAAGGAUCGCACCAACAAAGAAUCUGUGGCGGCUAUUCAAAGGAGCAUCUUCACAGUAUGUUUGGAUGGUCCGAUGCCUCAAGUACCGGCGAACGCGUAUCAGAGCCGUGCAGCCGUGCAGAUGCUGCAUGGAGGUGGGAGCCUGUGGAACAGUGGCAACCGCUGGUUCGACAAGACACUGCAGUUUAUUAUUGGAGAGGAUGGGACAUGUGGCGCCAACUAUGAGCAUGCUCCAGCUGAGGGCCCUCCCAUUGUGGCCCUGAUCGACCAUGUUGUGGAAUACACGAGGAAGCCAGAGAUGGUUUCCUCUGACACUGCGCCUUUGCCUAUGCCCAAAAAACUUAACUUCAACCUCACACCUGAGCUCAAGAAGGACAUUGAAGAGGCCAAACGGAGCAUGAAUGUAUUGGCUGAAGACGUAGAUGUGAGGGUUAUCGUGUUCAACCACUUUGGAAAAAAUGUACCAAAGGCCCACAAGAUGAGCCCAGAUGCGUUUAUACAGGUGGCGCUACAGCUGGCUUACUACAGGAUGUAUCAGCAGUGUUGUGCGACAUACGAGAGUGCCUCCUUGCGAAUGUUCAGGAUGGGUCGCACAGACACUAUUAGAUCUGCCUCAAAUGCAUCUGCUGCCUUUGUCAAAGCCUUUGACGACCCAAACAAACAGAACACAGAAAAAGUGGAUCUAAUGGAGAAAGCUGUGAAAGCACACAAGUUGUAUACAAACAUGGCAAUCAGUGGUCAGGCCAUUGACCGACAUUUACUGGGUCUGAAGAUGCAGGCUGCUGAGGAAAACCUCCCUGUUCCCAAAAUCUUUACAGACACAUCUUACGCCAAAGCCUUACACUACCGCUUAUCUACAAGUCAGGUACCAUCCAAGACUGACUGCGUCAUGUGUUUCGGCCCAGUUGUACCCGAUGGAUACGGCGUGUGUUACAAUCCAAUGAAUGACCACAUAAACUUUGCAGUAUCUUCGUUCAAUACGUGUAAGGAAACAAACACCGCUGAUCUGGCUCACGCUGUGGAGAACGCACUUCUGGACAUCAGGACACUUCUGGAACAAACUCCAAGAGCCAAACUGUGACGCUUGCAAAAGACUCUUGGUAGAUCCCACUAGUGAGUCAUUGUUUCUAAUCGCUCGCAUGUGAAAUCAAGUAGUUAGUAUGUUGAAAAUGAUCAUUAGUAACUUCAAAUGAUGAUGCAAUUCCAUCCAAGAUUUAACUAUCACGUAGUGGAAGGAAAAUAUCCAUCCAUAUUUUAUUGAGAACCUUUAAUUUUUUCCCCAAGAUUCCUCAUUGCAGUGAUGGUGAUAGGUUCACAUCAUGUGUCAAUUUGUACAAUUUAGGAAUGAAAAAAAAAGAAUUAUGCUUAAAGCAUUUUUGACACUAAGCACAUAAUAUUGUUUCAAUUAAAUAUUGUAUUUUGAAAAUAAGCAAAAAGCCUUAAAGGAUACUUUGAUUCAUGAAAACAUAUUUUACAGUGAUUUGUAUUGUUUAUACAUUUAAUUUCCUUAGGGCGCAAAUGGCACCGAUAAAGUUGAAUAGCCCUUGAAAAUAACCAAGUGAACCUGCUGCAAAGGUCAUGUUAAAAGUACCAAAGUGAUCCACUAACAGACUUAAAAGUCAAAACAUGCAACUUUACAACAUGCUUAUUGAAGGAAAACUAAAUGCCGAGGGAAUGAGGGAAAAGCCUUUUUAGAAGUACAUUAUCAGUGGACCAUUUUCAGUGUGCUGUUUUCUGACUCAUACUGCACAACGGACAACAACACACGGACAAACGGCCGAGUGCCAUUUCGUUAAGUUUCAACAUCCCCAAAUCCUUAAAAGGGAACUGAAAUUUUUGGGGGAAUUUUGCCUUUCAUUAACAAUCCAUUUUAUGCAAGACCAUGCAUAUAUUUCUUUUUUUUAUGCAGUAUAAAUUGAACAUAAACAUUGCUAGUAAGAAGCGGCUAACAAUGCAUAUAAUGGGAUUAGGCUAUUCUGCCUAUAAGGCCAUUAAAAAAAACAUCCAAAAACCACCAAUAUUACUUCAUUUACAUGUGAUGACCUGCACAUUAGACACGCUAUAACAACAUUGUUUCUGCAAGAGCUAACGCCGCAGAACUAUUUUUUGUAACGCAGUGCCUUGCUCACAGAGAGGUAAGCUCGCUACUGAGUUGCUGUUGCUGCUAAUUUCCUCUCAGUAUGGAAACUUUGAUUCUUGAUUAAUCAUGCCUCGUACUUGUGCGAUAGAGUGUUGUGGUCAUUAGCCGAGAAGUUGGUUUACUUUAAAAUUAAACGCCAAGAGCCGACGUCUUCGGUACGGAGACGCGACGAGAUGUUUGUUUCCUCCCAGUGUCUUACCUAAAGAGUGAAGAUUAUACUGAAUUAAUCAUCUGAACGCGGAGCACUAGUCUUGUGCUCAAAAGUACCGCCAACCCAUUAGUCAGCAUCCCAGUAAAAGCAGACAUUCAGGUACUGUUAAUAUUAUUAGAAUAUCAUGAAAAAGUUGAUUUAUUUCAGUAAUUAUAUUCAGAACAUGAAACUUACAUAUUAUAUCAAUUCAUUACACACAUAGUGAUAUAUUUGAAAUGUUUAUUUCUUUAAAUUUUGAUGAUUAGUACUGACAAUUACUGAAAAUCCCAAAUUCAGUAUCUCAGAAAAUUUGAAUAUUAGUUACGACUAGUACCAAAAAAUAUUUUUUAGAAAUAUGGGCCAACUGAAAAGUAUGAACAUGGAAAGUUUCAGCAUGUACGGCAAUCAAUACUUAGUUGCAGCUCCUUUUCCCUGAAUUGCUGCAGCAAUACGGCGUGGCAUGGAGUCGACCAGUCUGUUGCAGUCCUCAGGUGUUAUGAGAGCCCAGGCUGCUUUAAUAGUGGCCUUCAGCUCUUCAGCAUUGUUGGGUCUGGCAUCUCGCAUCUUCCGCUUCACAAUACCCAAUAGGUUUUCUUUUCUAUGGGGUCAAGGUCAGGUGAGUUUGCAGGCCAAUCAAGAACAGGGAUACCAUGGUCCUUAAACCAGGUACUGGCAGGUGCCAAGUCAUGUUGGGAAAUGAAAUCUUCACCUCCAUAAAAUUGGUCCGCGGCAGGCAGCAUAAAGUGUUCUAAAACUUCCUGGUAGACUGCUGCAUUGACCCUAGACCUCAGGAAACACAGUGGACCAACACCAGCAGAUGACAUGGCACCCCAGACCAUUACCGAUUGUGGAAAUUUGACACUGGACUUCAGGCAACGUGGAUUCUGUGCCUCUCCUGUCUUCCUCCAGACUCUGGGACCUUGAUUUCCAAAGGAUAUAAAAAAUGUACUUUCAUCUGAAAACAUAACUUUGGACCACUCAGCAGCAGUCCAGUGCUUUUUGUCUUGAGCCCAGGCGAGACGCUUUUGAUGUUGUCUCUUAUUCAAGAGUGGCUUUACACAAGGAAUACGACAGCUGAAGCCCAUAUCUUGCAUACGUCGGUGCGUGGUGGUUCUUGAAGCACUGACUCCAGCUGCAGUCCAGUCUUUGUGGAUCUCCCCCACAUUUUUUAAUCGGUUUUGUUUGACAAUCCUCCCCAGGGCGCGGUAAUCCCUCUAACUUGUAUACUUUUUUUCUACCACAUCUUUGUCUUCCCUUCGCCUCUCUAUUAAUGUGUUUGGACACAGAGCACUAGGAACAUCAAACCUCUUUGGCAAUGACCUUUUGUGUCUUGCCCUCCUUCUUUAAAGUAUCAAUGGUCAUCUUUUGGACAGUUGACAAGUCAGCAGUCUUCCCCAUGAUUGUGUGUCAUACAGAAUCAAAACGAGAGACCAUUUAAAGGCUUUUCCAGGUGUUUUGAGUUAGUUAGCUAAUUAGAGUGUGGCACCAGGUGUCUUCAAUAUCUGACCUUUUCACCAUAUUCUAAUUUUCUGAGAUGUUGAAUUUAGGGGUUUUUAUUGGUUGUCAGCUAUAAUCAUCUCCUUUUUGGCAAAAAACACUUGAAAUGUAUCAGUCUGUUUGGAAUGAAUGUAUACAUUCUACAAGUUUGACUUUCUAAAUAGAAUUAAUGAAAUAAAUCAACUUUUUCAUGAUAUUCUAAUAAUAUGACCCAGCACCUGUAAGUGACUGUUUUAUUAUGUUUGUGUUUUGUAUUUCGUGUUCAGCACUUAGCACGAUAGCUUCAUAAUGUUAGUGUUGUACUAUAGAUGCAUCUGCUUAGCACCCAGUUUGUUUAAACUUUUAGACAUCCUUUGUAUAUUCAGGCUCAAAAAAUUAAGUUUAUGGAUCAUCAAUUGUUCCAAAGUAUUAGUCACUGGCUCUUGGAAAGUCUGCCAUUAUUAGUUAGUUGCAAUUUGCCCAACAAAGAAGCUCCAUUGAUUCUUAAAAAGACUAAAAUAUGGUUAAUGUCACGUUAUUAUGAAUGUUUCUGUUACUAUAUUACAUAUUUCAUCAUUGAUAUAUAAACUAUCAGACUGCUUGGUCGGUAGUAGUGGGUUUCAGUAGGCCUUUAACAGCAUGUAUAUAAAACGUUUUUGGAGAUUUUUGUAGAGGGCUUCAUAGGCCCAAUAGAUCGUAUCCCCAUUACCUGCAUUAUUAGCCACCGUAUACGAGUAGUUUUACGGUUUAGAAUGCACGAAAAAGAGAGACGUAUGGUAUUCUCUCACAUAGGGUUUUUGAAUGAUAGUUAGAUGAAAAAAGAUUCAGUUCUCUUUUAACCUCUAAAGGACUUAGUAGCCACAUGAGUGGACAGCACCUUUUAGCUCUUAUUUCCAAAAUUGUGUACACUACUGAAUUGGGGUCUUAUGCCGACAUAUGGACACUUAUACUGCUUUCUGGUGGUGUCAGUAGAGUAUAACAUGGCAUUUGGAAAAAAAGUGUAAAAAUAAAAAUUAGCACAUGAAGUACACGUUUUGUUACUUAUGGACUAAGUACAUCAUUAAAAAAAGAUGAUUUUUAGUUUUUAUUCUAAUGAGGGUCUAAUAAGCCCAAAUAGCAAAGAGAAAUUUAAAAAAUCAUGUAAACAAACAGCUCAGGCCUUAAGAGGUUAAAAGAAAAGCAAUGCCCUCAAGUCAUUGUCGGCAUGGGACUGAAUGCAAAAUGAAAGAAUGCCUACACGGCUAGCACUGACUCUUAUUAUUUCAUUUUCAAAAAUGAACCAUUUUUGGCUGCUGUAGUUGUAAAAGCACCUUAUUCCCGUUCUAAUGAUAAUAAAGUAAUAUAACUUUUUUUAUGGUUCAGUGUUCUAGCUUUAGCUUUUGUGUCACUGUUUUCCCUUGUGCCUUGCAUGUAUGUUUUUAUACAUCCGAAGCGGAAAGUGUUAGUGGUGUAGCAGUACACGCUUCUGUCUUUUAUGCAGAUGAUGCGGGUUUAGUUCCCCGGCCAGUAGUGGUGGAACGAUUUAGUCUCAUUGUGUUUUGCUAUGUACCUCGGUUGGGCUGCAGAGAUUAAGCAAGUAAAUUUAAUGGAUUAAAUCAAAUAGGAAUUGAUUGAUUGAUUGAGACUUUUAUUAGUAGAUUGCACAGUACAGUGCAUAUUCCGUACAAUUGACCACUAAAAGGUAACACCCGAAUAAGUUUUUCAACUUGUUUAAGUCGGGGUCCACGUAUCAAUUUAUGGUGAGAUAAAACUUUGAUUUAUUUUCUGUUGCUUUGAUUAACUGUUUAAUGAGUCUAACUAAUACAAUAACACAUUAAGUGCUGGAAUUUUGACAUCCAAAUUUUUUUUUUUUUUUUUAGUUCUUUGGUCAAAAUUUGGCAUAGAUUUAGUUUUACAGACCAUCUUGAAGACACUAUUUGAGUGUCUCCUCAGAAUGCGCUGUUUUGUGGGCUGUCUUAAAAUACGUGCCGAAGCCCUCCUCCACGCCAAGCUCUUUGACUGCACAUCCUCCCUGUCAACCAUGUUGUAGUUUAUAUCGCUGCCAUAUCCAAUCCACUGACAAACACACUGGGAGUUACAACUAUAUGCUACUAUACACUGCAGCAGAGGAUUUUAGAAUGGAAUGUGCGUGUCAGAACCACUCUGCCCCAUGAUAAGAGAAUGGAGAAAAUGAAGGAACUUAUUGACUACAGCGCGGGACUGCAACUGGAUAAAAAUAAUGAAUUUGCGCAAAACUCUUGGGGUUAUUCUCUGCCAUCCAUCUAUAUUCUACCGCUUGUCCCUUUUUUGGGAUCGCGUGGUGUGCUGGAGCCUAUCUCAGCUGCAUUCGGGCCGUAGGCGGGGUACACCCUGGACAAGUCGCCACCUCAUCACAGGGCCAACACAGAUAGACAGACAAUAUUCACAUUCACACACUCGGGACCAUUUAGUGUUGCCAAACAACCUAUCCCCAGGUGCAUGUCUUUGGAGGUGGGAGGAAGCUGGAGUACCUGGAGGGAACCCACGCAGUCACGGGUAGAACAUGCAAACUCCACACAGAAAGAUCCUGAGCCCGGGAUUGAAACCAGGACUACUCAGGACCUUCGUAUUGUGAGCCACAUGCACCAACCCUUGGUCCACCGUGGUGCCCGUUAUUCUCUGCCAUGUAUGGCAAUAUCUGCUAACAAAAAUAAGGCAAACAAAAUACAUCACAAUCGUUUCCAAUUCUUAACGGCUCGUAUGGAAGAAGGCAAGCUGGUUUUAUUAAUAUCUUUGCCAUGCCUUGAUUGGUUUGAUUUCAAAUUUUCAAGACUCAUGCAGAUACCUACUCAGUGGCCUAGUGGUUAGAGCAUGGGUGUCAAACUCAAAUACAGAGUGGGCCAAAAUUCUAAACUGAACAAAGCCGCGGGCCAAAGUUGAAAAACUUAACCUUUUAAUAAGGACCCAAACAAGUUUUGCAUUGAAUAUUGAACAAGCAAGACUUAUAUAACUUUAUAGUGUCAUGCAAAAUCGAGUUUUUUUGGUAGCGGGGGUGUAUCUUGUAGUGUCCCGGAAGAGUUAGUGCUGCAAGGAGUUCUGGGUAUUUGUUCUGUUGUGUUUAAGUUGUGUUACGGUGCGGAUGUUCUCCCAAAAUGUGUUUGUCAUUCUUGUUUGGUGUGGGUUCACAGUGUGGUGUAACAGUGUUAAAGUUGUUUAUACGGCCACCCUCAGUGUGACCUGUAUGGCUGUUGACCAAGUAUGCAUUGCAUUCACUUGUGUGUGUGUAGAAGCCGCAUAUAUUACGUGACUGGGCCGGCACGCUGUUUGUAUGGAGGAAAAGCGGACGUGACGACAGGUUGUAGAGGAUGCUAAAAGCAGUACCUUUAAGGCACGCCCCCAAUAUUGUUGUCCGGUAGAUUUUCGGGGGGGGGGGCACUGAAAUUCGGGAUUCUCCUGGUAAAAUCGGGAGUGUUGGCAAGUAUGAGAAUUAGCGUUGAAUGCGGUGAUACAGCGGCACUGCCACUGUAUAAUACCGGCGGGCCAGCUCUAAUGUUAAUUUAUUAUUGCCUCAAGGGCCAAAUGAAAUUACACGGCGGACCAAAUUUGGCCCGUGGGCCAGAGUUUGACACCCAUGGGUUAGAGUGUCCGCCCUGAGAUCGGUAGGUCAUGAGGAAAACAAAUUACAUCACAAUCGUUUCCAAUUCUAAACGGCUCGUUUGGAAGAAGGUAAGCUUGUUUUAUUAAUAUCUUUGCCAUGCCUUGAUUGGUUUGAUUUUAAAUUUUCAAGACUUAUACAGAUACCUACUCAGUGGCCUAGUGGUUACAGUGUCCGCCCUGAGAUCGGUAGGUCAUGAGUUCAAACCACAGCCGAGUCAUACCAAAGACUAUAACAAUGGGACCCGUUACCUUCCUGCUUGGCACUCAGCAUUAAGGGUUGGAAUUGGGGGAUAAAUCACCGAAAAUGAUUCCCGGGCGCGGCACCGCUGCUGCCCACUGCUCCCCUCACCUCCCAGGGGGGGAUCAAGGGUAAUGGGUCAAAUGCAGAGAAUAAUUUCGCCACAUCUAGUAUGUGUGUGACAAUCAUUGGUACUUUAACUUUUUUAACUUUAAGAUUCUAAAUACACAAACAAACAUGUACCAAUAGGUAAGAAAAGUUGGUUUGUGUGCAUUCCUGAUCUAUGCAAAAUUUGGACCAAAGAAUUACCAUUACAUGUUAUGUAGACAAGGAAGUAUUUGUAAAUGUAAAAAAAAAAUCAUACUAUGACUGACCCCUUUUAACGUGUACCGUUAAAAAAAUUGUGUUGUCUCUGUACCGAACCGAAUGUUACAUAUGUAAAAAUCCAAUCAGGGGUCUAUGUACCGUUACUCUCACUAUAUUAGUGUGUGUGAGUAAGUUUAUAUUUUGUGGAACUAGCCAGUAACCCAUUUGAAAUGGCUGAAAAUGCAACAUUUGCUGUGUCAUUGUGUAGAAUACACCUUGGAAUGUCAUGUAUUAUUCCGUUCUUUGUCAGUAUUAAAGCCUGAUUAAGACUGUG